AUGUCUGGCCAGAAGAGGAGGUGGCCGGACUGGCCUGAGAGCGCCUGGGGGCCAGGGCCACCGAAAGCUGCCCGGCUCUCCCCGGAGCCAGGGCCCAGCUGGCGGACGGAUCCGUGCGCCAUCCUCACUGACUUGGGCAAGCUCUGUGACCACAGCCCCCAGCAACUCCUGCCCUUCCUGCUGGACCACGACUACCAGCUGGAGCAGGUCGUGGAGAGCCCCGGCCUGAGCCCCGCCAGGGUGUACAUGCUGCUGCGGGCCGUGAAGGUGGCGGUGGAGCGCGCUGGUGAGCCGGAGCUGGUCCAGCCGGUCCUGGCCCUGGUGCUGAGACCAGCUUUCGUGCUCAGGAGCCUGCUGGGCUUCAUUGCUGAGCUGGAGAGCUUCCAGCACCAGGACGGGCAGAUCUCCCAGGAGGUGAUGGAGGACACGGUGGCUGCCCUGCACCAUCUGCUGACAGCGUCCCCCGAGCAGACGAAGACCCUCCUCUGCUACCCUGUGGACCUUCUCUUCGCCACUGUCCAAAGACUCCAGAGCCGCGGCUUUCAGUUUACGUGGAUCAUCCAGAAACGGCUUCACGACACCAAGAUCCUGGUGGACUCGGCCUUCCCACGGUGCAGUGCGCCCCUCGCCUCACCAGCCUGGCAGGAGGAUUUCCACACCAUCCCCAUUUUCCCAACCCCGGAGGAGAUAUUCGUCGACCCUGGGCAGAAGCUGAAGCGCAACCUCCCCGUUGGGAAGUAUGCGAGCGACGCGGCCUACCUGGACACGCACUUCCGGCUGCUGCGGGAGGAUUUUGUCCGGCCCCUGAGGGCUGGGAUCUCGGCUCACUUCUCCCUGCGGAACGUGUUCGGGGGCGCUGGGAAGCAGAGGGGGCUGCGGGUCUAUAGGAACGUGCAGCUGGCGACGGUGGGCACCUCCCCAGUCGGUGCCAUGUACAUGGCCAGGUUCCAGGCCCCGCAGGGCUCCUCCCACACCUCCUCCAAACGGCUGCUGAGCGGCUCCCUGACCUGCCUCAUCUCCAGUGACUGUGGCCAGGUGUUGUUUGGGACUGUGGUGGGGGGCAACAGGCCUGGGCUCCUGAAGGGGGCCGUGUGGUUGGACAUUAAGGCAAACCACAGCGACCUCCUGACGAGGCACCUGGGGAAAACCAACUUCAUCAUGGUGGAGUCGCCGGCCUUCUUCGAGUCCUACCGGCACGUGCUGGAGGGGCUGCAGGAGCUGGACCCCACCCAGGUGCCGUUCCAGGACUACGUCGUGCAGUGCCGCACCCCCGUCGCCCCGCCCGCGCACUUCGGAGAGGACGUGACCUUUGACCUCUCUGUUCUGCACCCCACGGGGCGAGCCGACAGAGAGCCCAUGGGGGACACAUCUGAGGGGCACGUGACCGCGGUGGACCUGACGGCCGUGAGACCCGGCGACUCCUAUAUCUGGUCUCCAGAGACAUUUCCUCACUUAGACGAGUCUCAGAUCUUGGCCAUUCGAAUGGCCCUGACCAGGGAAUUGGUGCUGAUCCAGGGCCCACCGGGGACAGGCAAAACCUUCAUUGGGCUCCAGAUCGUGGAGAUCCUGUUGAGGAAUCAGUCUCAGUGGUGGAAGGACCAGAGACCCUUCCUGGUCGUCUGCUACACAAACCACGCUCUGGACCAAUUUAUGGAAGGGAUCCUGCAGUUCCAGCCCUCCGGCGUGGUGCGCAUUGGGGGAAGGAGCAGAAGUGACACGGUGGCAGCUUGCUCCUUGAGGAACCUUCGCCAAAAGCAGCUGCCAGCGCUCCUGGGGGCCGCGGAGAAGCACCAGUAUGGCCGGAUGCGGAAGGCCUUGCAGAAGCAGAAGGAGAGCAUCACCUACCGCACCGCGGUGCUGGAGCUCCUCCGCCGAGGGAUCCUCACGGACGCAGAGCUGGCAGCGGAGAUCCACGAUGACAAGCUGGAGUGCUCCUGGAGAGCGGGGCGCUUCGGCAUGUGCGACUGGCUGAAGAUCUGCCCCGUGGCGCAGGAGGAGAAGCCGUGCCAGGCUCAGGGCAGGGGCAGGAAGGCAGGCGCGGAGGAAGAGCUCUGGCCGUGCCACAGGGAUGAGCGGGCCCUGGAUGACGAGGACGAUCUGGACCCUUCCGAGUGGCGGCGGAGCACGGUGGAGGAGAAGUUUGCUUACAUCCUCCCCGCUGAGAACAGCUCCUCACACCAAGGGAUGCGCAAAUGCUUGGAGGAGGGUGACAUCAUGACCGACGAGGACGUGGCGAACGUGAGAGACGUCGGGGAGCUGCGGCUGAGGGAUCGCUGGCGUCUCUACAGGAGGUGGAUGCUGGCCUACGAGCGGCAGCUGAAGGAGACGCUGGUGGAGAAGCUGGAGGAGUACGAGAAGAAAGCAGCCCAGCUAGCGGAGCUGACCUUCCAGGAGGACCUGUGGGUGCUGAAACGCAGCCAGGUCAUUGGCAUGACGACAACAGGGGCUGCCAAGUACCGAAAGCUCUUGCAGAAAAUCCAGCCCCACACUGUGAUUGUGGAAGAGGCAGCAGAGAUCCUGGAAGCGCACGUGCUAACCUGCCUCACGCCGGCCUGCAAGCACCUCAUCCUGAUUGGAGACCACCAGCAGCUGCGACCCAAACCCGCCGAUUACACCUUGGAGAAGAAGUAUUUCCUCGGCAUCUCCCUGUUCGAGCGCAUGAUAAAUAAUCAGAUCCCCUAUGUGCAGCUGCUCUAUCAGCACCGCAUGCGCCCCGAGAUUUCCCAGCUGCUGGUCCCGCUCUUCUACAAACAGCUCAAAGACCAUGAAGCCGUCGCAGAAUAUGAACAGAUCAAGGGCGUGGAGAGCAGCGUCUUCUUCAUCCAGCACACAGCGGCCGAGAGCCACAGUGCUGACUCCGAGAGCUACAGCAACAGGUUUGAGGCUUCAUUCCUGGUCUCGCUGAGCAGAUACCUCCUGGAGCAGGGAUACGACGAGAGCCAAGUCACCAUUCUGACCCCCUACCACGGCCAGGUGCUGAAGAUCCGCACACUGCUGAGGAGCAGAGACAUGGGAGACGUGGCUGUCCACGCCGUGGAUGACUUCCAAGGGGAGGAGAAUGACAUCGUUCUUCUCUCGCUAGUACGAAGCAACACAGAAGGGAGGAUUGGUUUCCUCCAGGAUAAAAAUCGGCUCUGUGUGGCUUUCUCACGGGCCAGGAAGGGCUUCUAUUGCAUUGGAAACCUAGCUGGCAUUGCAGCUGGGUCCAACGGCAAUCUGUGGAAAGAUAUUCUACGUCUCCUAAAGAGAAAGAAACUUAUGGGGGAAGGGCUGACGCUGGUGUGUCAAAAUCACCCCGAUACCAAGACAGUGGUGAACGAGAGUUCGGACUUCAGUAAAAUCCCUGACGGAGGCUGCACGCUCCAGUGCCAAACCCGGCUGGAAUGUGGCCACCCCUGCACGCGCCGCUGCCACCCGUACGACAGGGAUCACAGCCUAUACGUUUGCCAGUUCCCGUGCUCCAAGCUGUGUGAGCUCAACCACAGGUGUCCGAGAAAGUGCAAGGAACCGUGCGAACCUUGUUCCGUGGAAGUGGAAAAAGUCAUUCCAAAGUGUGGGCACCUCCAGACCAUCCCCUGUCACAUGCCAGCUGAUCACUGGCUCUGCCAAGAGCCAUGCAAGCAGCUUCUGGAAUGCAAACACCCAUGCACGCGCCGCUGUGGGGAAGCCUGCAGCACCUGCAGGUGCAAGGAAAUGGUUGACGUUACUCUGCCCUGUUCUCACGUAAUGAGAACUGAAUGCCACAAGCAGAAAAUGCCUCUGACCUGCCUUGAGACAUGCAAACAGAAACUUGAGUGUGGACACCACUGCAAAGGAAACUGCUCUGAAUGUGUGCAGGGCAGGCUGCACGUCCACUGCCGUAACAAGUGCACAAGGGUCCUUCUGUGUUCCCACCAGUGCCAGGAAUCGUGUUUUGAGAACUGUCCUCCAUGCAAGAGAAAAUGCCCCAACAAGUGCAGACACAGCCACUGCGAUAAGCCAUGCGGGGAGAUCUGUUUUCCCUGUAUACAGCCCUGUUCCUGGAAAUGCAGGCAUUACCGGUGCACACAACUGUGCUCCGAGAUGUGCAAUCGCCCCCGCUGCAAUGAGCCCUGCCAAAAAUCACUCAAAUGCAGCCACCCCUGCGCAGGCCUUUGUGGAGAGCCGUGUCCGCCCAAGUGUCGCACGUGCCACAGAGACGAGCUGGCAGAGAUUUUAUUUGGGGAUGAAGACGAGCCAGAGGCCCGUUUCGUUGUCCUAGAAGACUGUGGACACAUUUUGGAGGUGCAGGGCCUGGAUCGCUGGAUGGAUGGUGAGCCAGACAACGCCCAGGCCCAACACGUCCAGCUGAAGGUGUGCCCCAAAUGCACGACACCCAUCCAGCACAACACGCGUUACAACAACGUGAUCAAGGCCAUACAGCAAAAAAUCAAGGAGAUCAAAUUGAAGAUUCAGGGAAACAGGGAAGAACUUGAAGCUGGAAAGCAGCAACUGCUCCUUCGGCUGAACAGCGACAGAGACCUCGUGGCCUGGACGGGUAUGGAGAGAAGCAUUAUGAACACUGUCUCCCGGCAGAGCCUUCUGGACUUGGAGAAUACCCUAAAUUUCUUUGCAAGUCUCUCCAGACUGAGGCAACAAGCGAAGAAGUGCACAGUGGCGAGAGAACGCAAUUUGAAAAGGAAGAUUGAGGCUGUGGAGCACUGGAUCGGCAGGAACAGACGCGCCUUCACAGCUCAGCAGCUCAGGGAGUGCAGGAAUGAGAUCAAGAGGAUAUCGUACCUGGGAAACAUCUUUGAGCGGCUGAGUGGCUACGAAAACAAACAAGCAUCGUUACCCACCGAGGCCAGGGCACUUGCUAACGAAGCCAUAGGCGUCCUCCAGCAGCAGGACCCUUUCACCCAGAGUCGGGAGGAAUCUCUCCAGAGGGUGCUGGAGAAGAUUGAUGAGUGGCUUCCUGCUGCAGGACUGCAGCUCUCCGAGGCAGAGAGGGUCAUGAUAACAGAGGCCAUGCAAUUCGGCAGGGGCCACUGGUACAGGUGCCCUCAGGGGCAUUUGUACACGAUUGGGGAAUGCGGCCGCCCAAUGCAGCAGAGCAGCUGCCCUGAGUGCGGAGCUACCAUUGGGGGGCAAAACCACACGCUCACUCGGGAUAACGUCGCCGACGAUCAAAUACUGGAAUCCACUAGUGCACAGGAGCGAGAACCACGUCUACAGGACAGUAUCUUAGCUCUGCCCCGCUCCCGCGAUCAGCUGGGUAACCAGCCCGAGUUCUGCUCGCAGAGAUACACCAUGGCACCAUCUGCAAGACUCCUGUUUAUGCUCCAACCCCAGGAAUAG